GUUCCGGGGACAAGAUGGCCAAGACUUACGAUUAUUUGUUCAAGUUACUUCUCAUCGGCGACUCGGCUGUCGGCAAAACUUGCAUCCUCUUUAGAUUCUCUGAGGAUGCUUUCAAUUCUACAUUUAUUUCAACCAUAGGUAAGAUUUCGGUCUGGGAUUAUGGUAUUGAUUUCAAAAUUAGAACAAUAGAGCUAGAUGGGAAGAAAAUCAAGCUGCAGAUCUGGGACACAGCCGGACAGGAGAGGUUUCGAACAAUUACAACAGCAUAUUACAGGGGAGCCAUGGGAAUUAUGCUGGUCUAUGAUAUCACCAAUGAAAAAAGUUUUGACAACAUAAGAACAUGGAUCCGUAACAUCGAAGAGCAUGCUUCCAAGGAUGUGGAGAAGAUGAUGCUGGGCAACAAAUGUGAUCUACAAGACAGAAGACAGGUGUCCAAGGAAAGAGGGGAACAGCUCGCUAUCGAACACGGUAUCAAGUUUAUGGAAACCAGUGCUAAAGCCAGCAUCAACGUGGAAGAAGCAUUUUUUACAUUGGCCCGUGACAUCAAAUCUAAGAUGGAUAGGAAGAUU